GAAAAAAGUGUCAGGCUUUAUCGAACAUCACCACCCACUUCCAGCUUUCGACCUGUGAACACCGGAAAAGUCGACAAUCACCCACAGCCGUCGCCAUGCCUACCCGUUUGUCGAAGACCCGCAAGCACCGCGGCCACGUUUCCGCCGGUAAGGGACGUGUCGGAAAGCACCGCAAGCAUCCCGGUGGUCGUGGUCUUGCUGGUGGUCAGCACCACCACCGUACCAACAUGGACAAGUACCAUCCCGGUUACUUCGGAAAGGUUGGUAUGCGAUACUUCCACAAGCAGCAGAACCACUUCUGGAAGCCCAUCAUCAACCUCGACAAGCUCUGGUCUCUCGUUCCCCAAGAGACCCGUGACGCCUACGUCAAGGGUGAGAAGAAGGACACCGUCCCCGUCCUCGACCUCCUCCCUCUCGGUUACUCCAAGGUCCUCGGAAAGGGCCGUCUCCCUGAGAUCCCUCUGGUCGUCCGCGCCCGCUGGGUCAGCCGCCUUGCUGAGGAGAAGAUCAAGCAGGCCGGUGGUGUCGUUGAGCUCGUCGCUUAAGCGAAGCAUCGCAACUGUUCUGUAAAUGCUUGAGGAGUCGGUUGGGCUUGUAUGGGAAAUUCUACAAACGGAAAACAAAACCUCUCCAACCCCGGUGAAGAACAAAGCCUGCGGGCACUGGAGAAGAAGAGGUCUUCCUGCGCUCGGGAAAGAUGGGCCAGGGACCUAGGUCGGUCGGCUUCGGGCAUUGCAUCAGGGACUCUUGCACGGAGUUAACGAAAUAAAAAUCGAUUUUCGCCCAUGAUUAAAUGAUAAUUUUUUAAGUUCAAGCGUGAAGAACAA